AGAGAAAGCAUGGGAGCAUGCGCAAGCAAGCCUAAUGUGUUAAAUGGUGAUGCUCCUGAAGACGCACUAGACAAUAUAGUUGCUAAAAAUGUGGAGGUUGUGGCCAAGGAAGAAUUGGUGAACAAGGAAGAUAUUGUCAUUGUCGAUGAUGAUGAUGUCGACCAUACCUCAUCUAAUGAAGAAGGAAAGGGCUCAAUAGAAGAGAAAGAGGAGACAUUAGUAAAAGCUAAUGAAGUAGCAUGCGGUGAGGAAGAUAAAUAUUCAGAGGUUCAGAAGGUUGUUGAUGAUGGUCCAAAAAUUGAUGCUAUUGAUGAUGACAAGAAAAUAGAACAUGUGAAAUCACAAACUCCUGAGGAGGAAGUCGUAAAACCAUCUAUGGAGAGUGAAAAUAAAAAGGAUGAUCAAGAGAAAUUACUAGAAGAAGCUCUUGUAAACAACACUAUAGAAGAAGUAAAACUUGCAUUUGAGGAUAACAAAAUUGAAGACAAGCUAGAUGUUGCGGAGGAUCUUAAUUCUGAUGCUCAGAAAAAUAAAAAAUACGAGAAGCCAGCAGUUGCGGAGAAUCUAAAUUCUGAUGCUCAGAAAAACAAAACAGACGACAAACCAGUUGCCACAAAGAAAGGAAAGUUUUGGUGGGAUAAGUAA